GCGGUGGCGAUGGGUGGGCGGGUGACCCGCGUGUUCCGGAAUUUCAACGUGGAGAACCGGGCCCGCCGCGAGAUCAGCAAGGAGAAGCCCAUGCCCGCGCCGCGGCACCGCACCGCUCGGCUGGACGCCAUGGCCGAUAGCCCAGAGAUAAAAGAAGAAGUUCUCAGAAAGGACGAUAGGUUCCUCACCUUGCUCAAAGAUGUUUAUGUCGAGUCCAGAGAUCCGCCGGUGCGGGUAAAAGAUGGAGGUGGUGAACAUCUUCCAAGUAAACAGGAGGAAAAGAGACUUACAAAAUUAGGCCGCUUGGAAGGUCUAGAUGUUAAGAAAGUUCCCAAAGGCAAAAUUUCCCUUGUGGAGGCUCUGACACUUCUUAAUAAUCAUAAACUUCAACCUCAAAUAUGGACUGCAGAGAAAAUAGCAGCAGAAUACAGUCUGGAACUGAAGGAGGUCAACUCUCUUCUGGAAUUCUUCAUUCCUUUUGCUGUGCAGGAAUUUCCUAAAGAAACCAAAAAAGCACUAACAAGCCAUAAACCAAAAAAGUUAACAUAAAAAUAUUUGCCAAAACCUUUUGUGAUCUCACUUGUGUCUUCAUUUUACUCUCCAGUAUAUUCCGUGUCUAAAAAUUCAGUCGAUAACGUGUCAUCCAGCAAGACUACUUCCUUAUGCCAGUGAGAUGUAUUCAAGCAAUUCCAUUCUGCAUUGGAUGGCUUCAGUGAAAUGCAGCAACUACAGUUUGUAAACCAGAAUAUGACUAAUUUGUGGUAUGACAGCAUGUCACAUAGUUCUGAUUAUCCCGUUCAAAUGUUAUGAACUCAGUUAAAGCAUUUUACCUUAAAAGAUUGCCUUUCUCAGCAGAGACUUCCUGGCCUGCAGCUAAAGAGGCGCUCUGUGGGCGUUUGCUCUGUAAUUUCAUGUUGCACUGCUCUUUCAAGGAAUUGCUGUCAAGGUGUGUGUAUAUAACAAACAGCUGUAUUUCUUUUGUAUAAGAAUGGAAUGGUAUUUAUACUUUGUAAAGAAGGUUAACCACAAGGGCAUUUGGAAAAUUCAGCUGUGUCAAAGAUAAAAUAAAAAGGUGAACAGCAAGAAGGCCUCUUUCUGGUGCUGCAACAGUAAUGGCUCAUAUGUAACUCCUUUUCUACUCUAUUCUGAUUUAUCUUAAAUACCUACACCUCUCCAGGUGCUGUUAGGGAAUUUGUAGAGUGAUGAUCUUCUGGCAUAAGUCUCUUGCAGCAGCACGUGGCAUCUGCUGUAUGAGGAACAAUGCUUCAUAUUAACAGGUAGCAAGGACAUGCAACUGGAUGUACUAACUGGACCCACUAGGCGGACUUCUCUGAAUUUUUGCCCAUCCUGUUACAACAAUCCUUUUUCCUUGUGGAAGCCUUGUCUGAUCCAAGUGUGGGCUAGAUCAGGUCAUGUUUACUUGCAUACACCUAGACAGAUGACACAAGGGUGACACAAACUGUGAGGUAGUGGUGGAUUUAAACCCUGAUACUGUGACUAUUCACAUCUGUGCAGGUAAAAAAGUUUUGCACUGAUGGUUAAUCCUGUAGCGAAAUGUGGUUGGAUAAGCUGGGGAGAUGGGGCAGAAGAUAAUGAGAAUUGAUAUUUAAAAAUGCAUUAUGGUUGCCUUCCUUUAAAAAACAAACCCAGAAUCUUUUAAUUUUAUGCCUGGUACCAAAGGUGAAUUUAAAGGGUAUAAGUCCGUGCCAGGCUUACAAUGUAACCUUCUUUUCAAGAACCUUUCUGCCAAGUCUGAUUUGGAGUCUGGUAAAUGUCUUACCAAGAUGAUCAGCUUUGUUAUUUCACAGCAAGAUUCCUUUACCUUCUUUGAGCUGGAACAUGGUAUCUCUGGUACAGUUUGCCACAGUGUAUUUGAAGGUUACGUUUGAUUGAUUUCAGAAGUACAUAAUGCUGUACAAUAGUGGAAGAUGAAUUGAAAUUUAUACAAUUCAUUGCGCAUUGUAUAAAAAUUCAAAAUUGUUAGUCUUUAGGAUGUGUGACUUGGCAUUUGUCCUCUAAAACAAUGGAGUACAGAGCUGCACUCUGAAACUAAUGCACCUGAGUUAUGUGACACAUUAAGACUGUGCUUUGCACAAAAUACUGUUUCAUAAAAUGUUAUAACAGAAAUACUUAAUUGUUUGAGUACAGUUCAUCCUAAUGUAAUAUUUAAGGUAACAUUCAGAAAACAGCUGUGGAAUGCAUUUGGUACAGAUACUGUUGAUAUUAAAGAUGCUGCAAUUUCCUGUAAAAUGAAUUUUAUUAUGGAUUGAAGUUGAUUAAAAACAUACUACAACCAGCACCAGACAA